UAGGCAUACAUAAGUAAAUAUCAACAAAAACAGUAAAUAAUUUUACAUUUCACAAUACUAUUUUUGGAACUUUCAGCAAAAAAAGGCAAAAAAUACCUAAAUAAUUAUUUACGCCUACUAAAUACCUACUUAAAUGAUAAAAAUACCAACCAACGACUCAAAUAGUUGAAAUAUUAUGUCUACUCAAUCUUACGUUUCGUUAAUUGAUUUAUCUAAACAAUUUCAAUUUGAAAUUGAUGAGGAUAUGAAGAAAAAAAUAUGUUUUAAUGAGACAUUAAUAGUAAGUUGUGGCCACUAUGAAGGUGAAUUUCAGGAUGAAUCUACUGAUUCUGAAUGCUCUCGUAUUGAUUCAACGGAGAGUAAAUUGAGUGAUGAAAAAAAGGAUGAUGAAAUAGAACAAACGCAAGAUGAGCCAGCUGAAGAACUACCAAAAUCGCCAAGCGAACCAGAGGAGAAUGAUUUUCAUUUUUAUUUUUUCCCUGAUUGUAAUAAACCUGUUCCAGCGCGUGAUAGUUUGGUGAGCUGUGUAACAAUAGAUGGCUUUCCUAAAGUGAAUCCAAAUCUUCUUAAAGGUAUACAGCAAUGUACCUGCGGAGUUGAUAAAUCGGGUGAUUGCCCAUGUUAUUUCAAAGUACCUUGUCGCUGUGGUGCUAAAAAACACGCCGAUUGUACUUGUCAGCAAGUUGAAAAUAUUUGUAUAUGCGACGAAGGAAAACCCCAAAUAGUGUGCAAAUGUAAGCCCGAAAAUGUAUGUUUGUGUUAUGACGACAAACCUCGUCCUGUUUGCGUUUGCAAUGAAGUUGACAAGCCAUGCAUUUGCCAAUCUGGCAAGUAUCCUUGUCCAAUUUGUGUCUGCGAUGGUAAGCCUAAUAUUAAAAGUAAUAUUUAUAAAGAUGUGAUUGAAACGGAAGAAAACGGCGAGGGUGAAAAUGUGAAUGAAGAGGAAGAAUCCGUUACUACAACAAUCCCAAAAGAAUCGUGUACUUGUCAAAAGCUGUUACCAAAACCUAUUUGUUACUGCCGCAAAGGAAAGGAAUGCUUGUGUAAAGAGGGAGAGUGCAGUUGCGGUGUUCCACCAUCUUGCAUUUGUGAACCUACUGAGAGUGCUCAAAUCCUUUGCAAAGAGGACGAUUCUAAAACAGUUUGCGUGUGUCCAGUUGAGAAGGUAUGCACUUGCAAUGCAAAAUCACCUGAUGACUGUGAAUGUUUUCCGAAACCCGUAGACUGUACUUGUGGCUACCCAGAAGAUUGUGUUUGCACCCACAAAUGUGAUUGUGUUCCACCCUGUCUUUGUGAUCUUCUACCAAAGAAGGAGGAUGUGUGUGUUUGUGACGAAAAUAGAACGGAAAUUGCUGGUGGUCUCCUUUGCACAUGCCCGCCUAAGAAAAAGGAAGUGGCAAAAUUAAAAAGAAUGAGAGCAGGAAAACAUGACUACCGAUGGUGUCCCGACGUGGAUCCGAGGCACAACUAUUUUGGCUACGCGUACGACAAACAUGAUAAAAUAUCGUACAAAGAACAGGAAAAGGAAAAGUUAAAAAUUUUAGGGCUAUACUCAGAACCAAUCCCACAAGAAGGUCCCUGUCCUGUCCAUGGUAGCCAGAGUACAGUAAAACAACCAGAGUUCAAGAAAAAAGUAAGGAGGCCUUCUUUAGACUGCUGCAGUGCUGUUGGAGGUAUAAGCAUUAGCGUCGAAACUCUAGGUGAAGACAAAGAUAAGUUUCUGGUUCAAGUUGUAUCACACGCGUCGAAGGAAGGGGCUAAAACGGGAUCCAAGCUCGUCAGCAUCUUGGAUUGUAACCUUCAUACUUUGGAAGAGAACAAAACUGAACACAUAACAAAGAAGGACCUUACCAAAGAGCAACGCAGCUAUAUGACGAUCUGUGAAAAGGGCUAUUACAAUAAAGUGACUCGUAUUUGCGGCGAGCGACAUUAUGUGAAACGACUCUAUCACUCUUUCGAUGACGCCCGUAACUUUUUAUUGGAAGGUGCUAACGUGGUGCUUCUCCGAUAUAUCGGGAUAAGCAGAUACUGCGGUCAUAUUAAAACUGAUACCGUACUUAUCGAUGGUACUAUAUGUGAAAGCAUUUACGUAAGUCUCGGUGUAAGUCAAGCGAUUGUAAACGGCAAGCCAUUAUUCGUAGUGAAGGUAGAACGUCAUAUUAUUGAGCCAUCCGGAUUUAUUCAUCAAACAUUGACAGUUCUCACGCUAAGAGGAUACAUGGUGAGCCACGAGUGGGCGGACACCAGCUACAUAUUUCAUAUUAACCCUCUGCUUCAAAUCGUUCCCGAAAAAGAUGAAAUAGAACCGCACGAGCCCCUUCGGGAACAUUGGCGGAGCGAUUUACAGCUGUUUUCAGACUAUCUUGAUCACAAAAGCACGCGGUCAUCAGAAGGUGCUAAAUACGUGACGGAGAACGGCGAGCUCACGGGGUUGAUUCGCGACUACCUCCAGACGUUACUUCUAUUGCGUCCCCACGAUGCCUUGCAGUUCACGAGGAAUUACUUCGGUUCCACUCUCUCUGCUUUGGACCUUCCACAUGACGAGUACUUUGAACCCUGCACGAGACACGUUAGAUAUUACUUUUUUGAAGAAUAAAGGCGCAAACACAUUACCGUGAUGUGCUGUGUCGUGCCUUCUGACGCUAUUUAGAAAUAUAUAAAAAAGAAAAGAACACA